UAGUACUGUGUAGUAGCUGCUCUAGAUUCAUUUAAUACAGCUAGAAUGAUGCUAGCAAGAUAGCUGGGUAAUGGCUUUGCCGCACUCAGAAUGAUAUCGCAGAGAGAAAGAGGGGAACUUGCUCGUUUUUAUACUGUUACAGACCCUAAGAAACAUCAGAAGGGAUACACCGUUUACAAAGUCACAGCAAGGAUAAUCUCCAGGAAGAACCCAGAGGACGUUCAAGAGAUCACCGUGUGGAAGAGGUACAGUGACUUCCGGAAGCUUCACCGCGACCUCUGGCAAAUCCACCGCAACCUCUACCGCCAGUCAGAGCUCUUCCCCCCCUUCGCCAAGGCCAAAGUUUUCGGUCGUUUCGACGAAUCGGUGAUUGAGGAGAGGCGCCAGUGCUCCGAGGACCUGCUGCAGUUCUCUGCCAACAUUCCUGCCCUCUACAGCAGCCAGCACAUAGAAGACUUCUUCAAGGGUGGAGAGGUCCAUAACGGUUCUGAGCUCAUCGGGCCUGCAGAGCCCAUCUGGGAUUUCCUUGCUGACAACCUUUCAGACUGCAGCUCUGAAGUUCAUAAAGAUAUUGGUGGCGUGGAUGAUUUGACAGCUGCUAGUCAGUCAGAGUAUGGUGGGCUCUCCAGUGACAGCGAUCUGAUCUCACUGCUGGUAGACGGUGACUCCCUGGCCGACUUGGACGAUGGGAUGGCCUCGGGCGGCGAAUCGCCCAACAGGCCCGCGGGAGGCCGCAGCCCCUCCCCCCAGGCCCGGGCCCUGGACCCGGCGGCCAGCAGGGCGGCGCUCUUUGGAGGCGGCCUAAAGCCCCGGGUGGGGAAGAGGGAUUACCUGGAGAGGGCGAGCGAGCAGAUCAAGCUGGCAGUGCAGAGAGAGGAGGAGCAGGACUACGGAGCGGCCUUCUGCUUCUACAGGAGUGGAGUGGAUCUGCUACUACAGGGAGUGCAAGGUGAACCCAGCCCCACCAGGAGGGAGGCGGUGAAGAAGAAGACGGCCGAGUACCUGAUGCGGGCCGAGCAGAUAUCCAGCCAGUACCUGAAGGACGCGCUGGAGAAGGGGCCGAUGGAGACUGUGACCCAGGGCUCGCAGGGUUCAGGGCCCUCCCGGAGCCAGAGGGGCCCCGCCGCGGAGCUGGAGACCUUCAGGGUCCUCGGUGUGAUCGACAAGGUCAUGCUGGUCUUGGAUAAAAGAACACACGAGACAUUCAUUCUUAAAGGGCUGAGGAAAAGCAGCGAGUGUGGCAGGAACAAAAAGACCAUCGUCCCCCACCGCGUGCCCAACAUGGUGCAUCUGCACAAGUACAUCGUCUCCGAGGACUCCAUUUUCCUCCUGCUGCAGCACGCCGAAGGCGGGAAGCUUUGGUCCCAUGUCAGUAAGUUCCUGAACCACAGCCCCGAGGAGAGCUUCGACAUCCCAUUCAUCCAGAAGUCUCACACAACGGUAGUUCAUGAGGCCGAGAGGGCGGAGCCCCGGGCCAGCGGGGCCAGUUGCAGCGGCAGCAGCGUGGAGAGCGCCGCCCUGCUGGCCCUUCCCCUGAAGAGCAGCCUGACGCCCAGCUCCCAGGACGAAAGCAGCACACAGGACGAGGAAGCCGCCGAUGGCCCCUGUGGGCCCCCGCCUGAAUCAGGGACCACGUCCUCUGAGGAAGAGUGCACUGAGAGCUACCUGACGCUCUGCAUCGAGUACGAGCAGGAGAAGCUGGAAACUGAGCCUCUGGGGGACGAGGGACCCCUGCUGAGGGCGGCCCCCGAGGCCCCACCCUCUUCCAGAUCCCAGUCGUUGCUCAGCAACGACAGUCUUUGCUCCCCCAUCGCCGCCCAGGAGCUCCGGUUCUUUACUGAGCCUGACCUGGACCCAGUUGAGGUGUUCAGCUCCGCCCAAAUUGCUUCGCCAGACUCGCUGGACCAGUCCAAGAGGACGCCUAUGGAAUUCUUUCGCAUCGACAGCAAGGACAGCACCAGCGAGCUCCUUUGCCCGGAGGCAGCCUGCGAAAAGGCAAAGGCUGACCUCUCCAAGCAUCCCUUCCUUGCCGCCCCCACCGAGCUGGACCCGGACCCAGACCCGGAUGACGAGGGGAACGCGGCGGACCCCUGGGGCCCGGACAGCGACUGGGUCUCCCACGAGUCGGUGCCCGUCAUCUCCUUCAAGGAGGCCCUGGUCACUGAGGACGAGGGCCGGCCGCCAGACCUGCUGGUCAACCUGCCGGGCAUCGUGGCGGACGCGCUGCUGUCUGAGGAGCUGGGCCGGGAAGCGCUGGCGAGCGAGGCCGAGGCCUCCCCGGAGUUAGGCAGGCCGGAUGUUCUGCAGCGGCACCGGGGCGCGGUGGAGGAGGAAGCCACCCGAGCCCUUUUGCCCCUGGAUGACGAAGACCUCGCCUCUGCUCCCGAAGGUGCUUCUGACCCGGACGACGAAGACGUUCUUGAGGCACUGGGCUACUCGGCGAAGAGCGAGCGCUGCCUGACGUUGGUCCCGGAGGACACGUUCACGCAGGAGCUCCCAACUUUGCCUCCUCGUACGGCCUCGGACGCGUCGUCACAGAGCGGCGCGUUCCCCAGCUCUGGAGAGCUCUCGGCAAGGUCGCAACCUCUUUCGCGCUCCGGCCCAGAGGCGGACCUGUCGGGCCUCCGGCUCGUCCCCCACCGGGAAGCGGUGGAGACCACGGCUGGGGAGGAGCACAAGGUGGACAGAGACGUAUCGCAGCUCUUCAAGGACCUGGACAAACGAUUGCUCAUAGCUUCCCAGGCCCAUAUACCUGAAGAAUACGUCCGGCGCUGGGCGGUGGAGAUCAUUUUAGCGCUUGAUGCUCUCCACCAAGAGGGAAUUAUCUGCCGGGAUCUGAACCCCAACAAUAUCUUGCUCAACGACAGAGGACACAUUCAGCUGACGUACUUCUGCAGUUGGAGUGAGGUUGAAGACUCCUGCAACAGAGAGGCCAUUGCUGGAAUGUUCUGCGCUCCAGAAGUUGGAAGCAUAUGUGAGGAGACCACUGCCUGUGAUUGGUGGAGUUUGGGUGCCAUCCUGUUUGAACUGCUCACGGGGAAGUCCCUCUGCCAGUGUCAUCCAGCCGGAAUCAGCCGGCACACAUCGCUCAACCUGCCUGACUUCCUGUCCGAAGAAGCGAAAUCCUUGUUGCAGCAGCUUCUGCAGUUCAAUCCCCUGGAGAGACUUGGGGCGGGGGGAGCAGGAGUGGAGGACAUUAAAUCCCACCCGUUCUUCGUCAGAGUCAACUGGCCCAAAUAGUCAGAGGACGCCUGGGUUUCUGUAACUGAAGAGGCAGCCCCAGCGGACCACACAGGGUAUGAGGGUCUUCCUGGGUCACUGUGACGGCGGAAAGGUGUAUCAGUACCAACCAAGUGGAGCUCCUUACACAGGCGAACCAACAACACUUCACAGAAUGUCCACUGGGAACAGCUCUCCACACCAUCAGUAAAUUGAUCAGAACUGAUAUUGAAAUUGCACCUUCCUGUGAUAUUGUUGUUUUCCUUGUAAAUCACAAGCCGUGAUCAAUAAACAUACAUAUACACUCAUAAUGAGCUAUUAAGAUAACAGUGAACCAGAGGCAGACCUCUCUAAGUACAUUCAUGGUGUUUUUUGUCCCUUUUUUGUUUUGCAAGCAUUCAUUCUUGAUUUUUUUAUUUUUAUUUUUUCCCAGUUGCAAGAUAAGUCUGUUUGUUGAGAUGGUUUACAAAGAUGUGCACCAAUUAAUUGUCUUCAUGUAACUUUUCCUAAAAUUGGGAGACAUGACAAGAAAAAAGAUGGAAGUAAAGACAGGAGGGGCUUGGUUCUUGCUCACAUACAUUAUUGACACCUGUAUACACCUUUACCUUGAUCAGCACUAUGCAUAUACAGUACACCUUUACCACAUACAUGCACAUACACCUUUCACACCUACAUGCACUCAGACCUUAAUAGCUCUAUGCAUAUAUGCUUUAACAUAAACACUAAGGUACAUAUAUGCAGUUCAUGAACCCCUUUAACACCCGUUUGCACAUAUGCCUUUCACACCUGUAUAUGCCUACACCUUUACCAUCUGUAUGCCUGCAACUUUCACAUCUGUUUGCACAUACACCUUUCACACCUGUAUAUGCCUACAAUUUUAACUUUUGUAUGUCUAUGACUUAAGUGCAAUAUUAGGUUUAAAUGGACUGUAGUGAAGUUGUGUGUCAAUAUUUCUCUGAUUUACCAGGACAGACACAUUUACUUGCAUUUAUAGAUGAUGAGUUUUCAGACAAACACUAGUAGACACAUUAUUGAGUUGUUAUCCACUCCAUAUUAGUGGGGAACAAUUGUACAUUCAUCUCACGUUGAGCAAGAUGUAUACAUGUUGUCAAAGCAGGUGGGAGCAGCAUGCAUAUUAGUUUCACCCGGAGAAUUUAGACCUGCUCCUUUGGCACUUCUAACCUCGUUUCGUGUGUGGUAACAGAUAUGCAAGCUGUGAUGUGCUUUAUCCUAGCAGUAACAAAUCUCAGCAUGUCCUUUUCUUAGAAAUAUAAUUCCUUUGGUGAAUAUCAAAAGGAAUUAUUAAGGCUGUAUAAUGAAGAAAGAAAACUAGCAGGCUUCAGUUCGAUUGUCAAUAUGAAGGCUGCAGUUCAGUGGAAUUUGACUGAAUAGACCUGCUAUGGAGGUCCAGCAUUCAUUCACCGGAUUUUCUUUUCAAACCUUGGCUGUUCCUGGGGUCUUUCACUGGCAUGUGUAACAUUGAUAUGUGUGUACCAUGCAUUGCAAAUAAACAAAUGCUACAUGGCACACUUGGAAAUCAGUUCUAAAAUAGCCAGAUAUUUAUAUUUAUCCACUGGGGAAAAAAUUCUGGAACUGAAACUGGCUCCAUGUGGAGGAGCGUCCUCUGUAAAAUGUCUGGCUGUUAGCUGCUGAUGUAAUUGCCAUUUUGACAUUGGCAGUAAUUAAAUAAGGUGAUUAUUUAGCUGUUUCUUUAAUCUGACCGUGCUAGGCGGAGGUGUGCAUUUAAACCCUCUGGUGGGUGUGUGGAUGUUCGGUGGUGCGCUGGGCUACCAAGAUGCAAAAUGAUGCAAAUUAAUGCAAUGAGUUUACCUUGGACCUAAUUCUGACUAACUGAGAACUGAAUAGAAAUUCGAGUGAAGGCAAUAUUUCAGAUGAGUGGCAGUCUGUUCAGCAUUUCAUUAUUGUUGUUAUUUUAUUUUGUUUUAGACCCCUCAGAGAACAAUGGCAAAAGUACAGCAUCUGUGACAGACAGGUCUGUCUGCAAGACAUGAUUGGGCUGCAUUUAGCUAGCGCAUCUUGUUAUAAUCGGCAGAGAUAGUAGAUGUCUCAGAUUUUAUUAAAGCAUUGUUAACGAUCUUUUCUUUAAUAUGAUAUGAAAAAUGUGUAACGUAUAGUACUGCAUCACACUCUUUCAGGGGAGGAAAAUUGCUCGAUUUGGCAGAUUGUGUUGUGCAGUCGCUGUACACCUGUGCCUAGUUACUGUCCUCCAUUUUGGUUCCAUAGCCUACAGAUACUGUGGGCUGAUCCCUGGCCAGUGGGCACUUGAAAAAUGUCAACUAUUUCUGUUGUUUCAAAGUUGUGAUAUAAAAAAAGAUUAAAAUGUUAUGAAAGAAGCUGUAAGACCGGUUUUUAUAAUGUAUAUUUUACAAUUAUUUUGGUAGUGUGACAAAAUACAAAUAUUUGUGAGCUCAUAUCAUUAUAACAGACUGUAUGAACAGAAUAUGUUGUGUAUGGUAAAAUCAAUAACUAUACCUGCACUUCAGAACAGAAAUAGUCAACUCUUAGAUAUUUAUGUAUAUUUAUGAAUGAUAUUUAAAAACAUAGUUGACCAAAUAUAAGUGAUAGGAUAGUGUCCUUGUGCCAAUAUUUACAUUUAUUGAAGACUGAUUGCAGACAUUGCAGAAAAAAACUGCAUGCCAUUUGGUGCAUAUAUUGUGGUUGAAAGAGGUCUAAAUACUGACGUGUAGUAAUUGCGUUUUAAAUGUUUUUUUUCUUUUCUCAAGGUUUUGAACUUUCUGAGUCCUCUUCAGCUGAAAUUAGGGUUAUGAAAAGUUGUGUGUAGAAUAAAGACCCUUUAAUGAACUAAAUGAAACAAACCGAGCAUUGAGUGUGAUUUAAAAAUGUUAUGAAAAGAACGUAUCACAAAAGAGGUGUGUGUGUGUGUGCUUGUGUGUGCUUGUGUGCGUGUGUAUCUAUGUGUGUAUGCGUAUGUGUGUGCGUGCGAGUGUGUCUGUGUGUGUGUGAGUGGGAGAGAGAGAGAGAGAUUAUCCUUGAAAAUAAUUUAAGUAAAAAUUUGAAUUUAUAGCAUUAUACAAAAGUCAUGUUUGAUAAAAAUGAAUGCAUUGUUGGGCUCAGUUUUCUGUAGGAUUCCGCUUGUAUCGGAAACCUCUGUGUUCUCCUACAAUGUCAACCCUGUCACUUUAGUUAUGUGUCUUUCCAGUGGUAUAGAACAAGAGAUUGCAUAUGUGCAUAUGAUUCAUUGUUUGAUUGUAAGCUUAAAGCCACAUCUACUGUGAGCACGACAGAACAUACAGGGCGAAACAUUUCAGUGUUGUGUGGGAAAACCUCUGCAAACACACAGUGCUUUUCUAUGCAUUUGAUGAGCAUGCUGUGCAUUUGUGAGCAAUUUUACAGGAUCAAAAUGAUGAAUAAAAUGUGUGUCAAUUUUCUGGAGCCGAGGGUACCCAGCAUUGAUUUUUUCUUUUCUGUGUCCAUUUAUACAUUGUGAUUAAUGCUGCCAGACUGAUUCAAACCCACAUCGCCAAAAAAAAAGAGAAAAAAGUAAAAGCUGGUUUUUCUGAAUUAUGGUCCUCUACCUUGUUUGAGAGUCGCUGCUAUAUUGUAGUUAUGAAAUAUGAAGUGCACGUCAUUCACUCAAUUUGGGGAGUGAAUGGCGUGACCUCAGACAUGGAUAAGUGCAUUUUGUUAUAUAUACUCUGUAUCCGUGUACAGUGCUUCAGUUCACUCCAGUUCACCAGUCACAGAAGAAAAAGGUAUAUGUGAAUAACAACUGAACAAUUCCAGUGAUGAACAGUUGUGAGUCUGUAUCCAUGGCUUGUUUAGUAUCCAUUUCAUAGUUAUUCUCACUAUGUAUGAAUCUGUAAUGCAGCGUUUCUCAAUCCUGGGCUGUAUGUUCCAAACAGAAUGUGCCAGGUUUUUUUGCAAUGGGGGAAAAAAACGGUACACAAACUUUUCCUGUAGAGGCAACCACAUAGACUGGUAAUGUGUGGUGCUCUACAUUUUGGUCCCUGGUAUUGUAAUUUACAAAGGCAUUCUUUUUCCACAAAGUGUAAAUUGGGCCUCACUAUUGUGUGACUCGGGCUGCAGGUUGAGAAACACAUAUGUCUUGUCUACAUUUCAAUAAAUUUAUCAAUGAGCAAUGAUGGGAA